AUGUCUACCGACCACCCGCUUUCAGACAGAGGCAGAGCACCAACCGCUGUCAUAUCUUCAUCUCCCCCCCCCAGUCAGCCGCACAAUCAAGCCCUGAAGAAGCGGACUGCACAGUCUAGAUUACAGUACCAAAUGAACUCUUCGCCACCCUUAGCGGGGCGCGACAGUGAGGAAAGCAGGCCGUUCAUUGGUAACCAAUAUGGCACCCAUCACGAUGAAUUCAGGCAACGCCAGUCAGAAACUUUCCUCUCCUCAUCCGGCCGAGUGAGUUGGACAUAUCGCAAUCAAUGGAUCCUGCUUGCCAUUUCAAGCGGGGCAUGCGCUGCGUUUAACGGCGUCUUUGCUAAGCUAACCACUACGGAACUCACGGCCACCCUUUCAAAGAGCGUUGCUCGUGGGUUGGGUUUUGAGAGCAUCGAGGGAUGGAUUGAGUUGAUUGUGAGAGCUAUUUUCUUUGCUCUCAACCUAGCCUUUAACGGUGUGAUGUGGACACUCUUCACAGCUGCACUCGCCAAGGGUAACUCGACAACACAGGUCUCCAUUAUGAACACAUCGUCCAACUUCGUCAUCACUGCCAUCCUUGGCUCCGUUAUCUUCUCCGAGGCCCUGCCCCCUUUGUGGUGGGUAGGCGCCGCCUUGCUGGUCGCUGGCAAUGUCAUUGUUGGGCGCAAGGAUGAAGGGGGGCCAAAGAACCUAGACAGAGAUCAAUCUUUGACUGCUUCCGUGCUGACGUCUGCGGGGGACGGUGAGAUGGGCCCUUCAAGCGGCGGCGCGAGGAACAAGCUGACACCGCAGGUGGAAAUGGACGAGGAUGAAGAUAUCAUUGAUCUCAGAUCACUCGAUGGGAGACCCCAGACACAAAAGCAAACUGAGAAACAUGAACAGCAGAAGCAAGGACCGAAAAGGAUUAGGGGCGUCCCCACGAAGAAAGGCCAUGGCAGCCCAGACCCCGAGGUUAAAACACGCCGGAAGAUCCAGGUCCUCGUGUUCUUCUCCUCCUUAACAGCCAGUACCGAUAAGGCAGCAAGGUUAUUUACCCAGCAGCUAGGCAAGCUUUUAUUGUGUCAGGCGAGCGACAAAUCAGAUAGCUGGUUUCUAGAGCCGAAGGUUCUAGACCUGGCCGAGAUCGACUAUGACGAGUACUUCAUCACUCCCCCUAAGUCUGACGGCGCGGAUGUGGACUUCUUCUAUCUUCUCCUGAUUCCAAGCUACAACAUCGACAGCAUUAAUGACAACUUCCUUGAACAUCUUAAGGAGACACACCACGACUUCCGUAUCGACACAUCGCCUCUCUCUCCGAUUCUCGGCUACUCUGUUUUUGGCUUUGGCGAUAGCGAGGGAUGGCCUACUGAAGAGGAAGGUUUCUGUUUUCAAGCCAGAGAGGUCGAUAAGUGGAUGGCAAAGCUGAGUGGUCGGAAGCGCGCAUUCCCCCUGGGGAUGGGAGAUUGGAAGCGUGACGCUAAAGAUAGACUGGCCGAAUGGCAGUCGGGAGUGGUCGACGUCCUGAGGCAACUCGAGCAGACCGGUAGUUUAGGCGAGGGUGUCCCUGGUUCAGGAGACCCGAUAGAGAGUGAUGAUGAGCGUGAAGUUGGUGAUGAUGACGAGGUGUUCAUAGAGGAUGGACCUGAACUCAAUUCGUCUUCUAAGUCGCGUGGAUCUGACAGCCUUGAGGAUGUCGAGGAUAUAGGUCGCAUCCUGGAGCUAUCGCAGGUUGACGGCUCCUCCGGAAAAAAGCAAGGGAGCAAGGUGCCCCUUGCGAUCGAUUUCACUACGGAAGGGAAGUCAUCGGGGACGAAGAAACUUGCGACUACUGUCAAGGAGAUGGUGCCCAAGAAUUCGCCCACUUAUACGGCCCUGACGAAGCAGGGAUACUCCAUCGUUGGGUCACAUUCCGGCGUGAAGAUUUGCCGUUGGACAAAGUCUGCCCUCCGCGGCCGUGGCUCCUGCUACAAGUUCUCCUUUUAUGGUAUUAAUUCGCACCAAUGCAUGGAAACAACACCAUCCCUUUCCUGCUCCAACAAGUGCAUCUUUUGCUGGCGGCAUGGCACCAACCCUGUCGGCACUUCUUGGCGAUGGGUCGUUGACCCUCCCGAUCUCAUCUUCAACGGUGUCAAGGAACAGCACUACAAAAAGAUCAAAAUGAUGCGUGGUGUGCCCGGCGUGCGAGCAGAGCGUUUUGCGGAAGCAAUGCGCAUCCGGCACUGCGCCCUCUCGCUGGUCGGCGAGCCCAUCUUCUACCCCCACAUCAAUGAGUUCUUGCGCCUGCUUCAUGCUGAGCGUAUAUCAUCAUUCCUUGUCUGCAACGCUCAGCAUCCGGACCAGCUUGCCGCUCUGCAGCACGUCACACAGCUCUACGUCAGCAUCGAUGCAUCCAACCGUGAGUCUCUCCGCCGUAUCGAUCGCCCCCUGCACCGCGAUUUUUGGGAGCGCUUCCAGCGCUGCCUUGACAUCCUUCGCGAGCGCCGCUUUCAGCAGCGGACGGUCUUCCGGUUGACCCUGGUCAAGGGCUUCAACAUCGAGGACGAGGUCGAGGGCUACGCCGAUCUGGUAGAGCGGGGUCUGCCUUGCUUUGUCGAGGUCAAGGGUGUCACGUACUGCGGCACGUCCACGUCCAGCAGCGCGGGGCUGACGAUGGCCAACGUACCUUUCUAUCAAGAGGUGUGCGACUUCGUUGUCACCCUGGAGAAAGCCUUGCGUAAGCGCGGCUUGGCGUAUGGUAUUGCAGCCGAGCAUGCGCACAGUUGCUGCAUUCUCUUGGCCAGUGAGCGGUUCAAGGUUAAUGGCAAGUGGCACACGCUGAUUGAUUAUGAUAAGUUCUUCCAACUGCUGGAGGAGAAGGGCCCGGAUGGAGACUUUAGCCCUGAAGAUUACAUGGGUCCUCCGACUCCUGAAUGGGCAUUGUGGGGGAAUGGAGGGUUCGAUCCGCGUGAUCAGAGAGUGGACAAGAAGGGGCGGCCGAUCGAGGCUGCGGCGUAA